CCUCCCCAAAGGGCGGAGUUCCCGGCCCGUCGAGCCCCCCUUUAUCCUCCAUCGAGGGGGGCGGCUUGGUCUUCGGCCUCCCCACCCCUCAAUCUACCCCAGAGCCUUCGAGGAGACGACGCCACACCUCGGACGUCUCUCUCCGAGGGGGGCACCCAGCUCCGCCUCUGCACCCCUGUCGCUCCCCCUCCCACCUCCCACCUCCCAGGGCUGAGGGCGAGCGGGGGCAGACGCUGUGAGUCACGUCCCGGGCCUGCAGUUGGGAGGGAAGCGCCGCCUCUCCUUGGGCCCCUUCGCUCCCCCUGGCCCGCCCCGCCGGUCCUGGCGCAGCAGAUGCUGCGCAGCCAUCGCCGCUUCCCCAUCGCCCGCUCGGCUGGAUUUAAGAUCUCCAAGGUCAUUGUGGUGGGGGACCUGUCGGUGGGGAAGACUUGUCUCAUUAAUAGGUUCUGCAAAGACACCUUCGAUAAGAAUUACAAGGCCACCAUUGGAGUGGACUUUGAGAUGGAACGAUUUGAGGUGUUGGGCAUCCCCUUCAGUCUGCAGCUCUGGGAUACCGCUGGACAGGAGAGAUUCAAAUGCAUUGCAUCAACCUACUACCGAGGAGCUCAAGCCAUCAUCAUUGUCUUCAACCUGAAUGAUGUGGCCUCCCUGGAACAUACCAAGCAGUGGCUAGCUGAUGCACUCAAGGAGAACGACCCUUCCAGCGUGCUUCUCUUCCUUGUGGGUUCCAAGAAGGACCUGAGUACUCCUGCUCAGUAUGUGCUAAUGGAGCGAGACGCACUCAAGGUGGCCCAAGAGAUGAAGGCGGAGUACUGGGCAGUCUCGUCUCUCACUGGUGAGAAUGUCCGGGAAUUCUUUUUCCGUGUGGCGGCACUGACCUUCGAGGCCAACGUGCUGGCUGAGCUGGAGAAAUCAGGGGCCCGGCGCAUCGGGGAUGUUGUCCGCAUCAACAGUGACGACAAUAACCUCUACCUAACUGCCAGCAAGAAGAAGCCCACAUGUUGCUUGUGAGGGACUGCCCAGCCCUGGGGCACUGUGCCACUUUGACUUGCCCGGAACUCUCUCCCUGGACAUCUGCACUGACUGUUAUUCCAAACCAAAGAGCUGCUGGUGGGUGGCAGUACCCCCAGAGGGGUAGUUGGGACCAUGCUAGUCACUUCCUGCCCCUGGGCACCAUACCAAAGACUGGAUGCCCCCUCGAUCCAGGGACUCCCCAGGGUGCCCAGUGGUGGGGAGGUGGUCCCUGCCGCUUUUGCUCAACAUGCUGGGCCUUUGGGGUAUGAGGAUGCUAAAUGAUCCCAGCCUCACACUGUGCCUUAUGCAUUAAAAUCUCUGUUAUUAGCA